ACGGACACAAAUUUUGAACUGCAUCUCAAUUCAAACUUAAUCCCCAUUGCUUCGCUCUUCUUCUUCCUUCGAUCCCUUUUACUCCUGCUAGCAACAGUACAACUCCUUCCCCGAACGAUCAGAGAGAUCACAGAUUCGACAUUUCUCGAGCCGAUUCGACCAAUCAAUGUCUUUUUCUCCGUCUCUCUCGUUCCCGGCGACGCUGCUGCCGGUGAGGAGGCCUGCGGCGCCGGCGGCGGCCCGGAGUCGGACCCGGUGCGGCGCGGCGCCCGGGCCGCGGGACAGCCGGUACCACGGCGGCGCGCUGGUGGACUCGGGCAUGGCGGUGCUGCGGCGGCGGAUCCGGGAGGCGCGGAUGGCGGAGACCAACUACGAGGCGCCGCCCGGGUGGGCCGGAUGGGAGAAGCGCUACUACCCGGCUUACGUCUCCGACGUCUCCGCACUCGCCGGCGCGCUGCAGCUGCUCGCCAUGGGCACCCGCCCCACCGUCGCCGCCGCCGUUGUCGCCGUACUGCUCGCCGGCGUCCCGGUCUCUGCUGCGGUCUUGCUGCAUCAUCUAGCGGUGGCGGCGGAGGCCGCUCUGCACCACGUUUCUUGACUGACUGGUUCGUUGAUUUAUUUAUUCGCCGGCGAUGUGUGCGGCUAAUUCAAUGCCUGCAAUGUGUGUAUAGUGUGACUGGUUCAUUUGUUGGAUAUGUAAUUCUUUGUGUUUUAGCUAAUUCGGUUUAGUUCUUACACAUUGUAUAGAAAGGAAUACUUAUAAUUUAUCUUUGGAGCAGCAGUCGUCUGAAGUUGAUGGCCAACAUGUUUCAUUUUGUUCUCCUGACAAUCUUGUGCAAAAUUAAUCUAUACAGACAAAUUCGAGAAA